CGAGUGUUAGUGUGCAAGUGAGUGGGUUGAUCGACUAGAACUUGGAUUAAGGUGAAGUUGCUUGAGUUAAGGUGAAAUCGUGCGGUUUAAGGUGCCGUCUAGAUCGAGGGGUUGUUUUCCUUGGUUGGGAAAGAUUUUCCCAGCGAUUUCGGGUUCGGCUCGUGCUCGAGAGAGGAUAACGUUGAAAAGAGAGAGCGAGAGAGUGCGAGAUGAGCUGAUUAAGGAUCGCGCUGGCAGCUGUUACAACGCGCGCGUUGUUUUCCUCUCUCUUUUCGAGCAGCUGUCACGGAACGCUCCGCCGUCGGCGUGGAGUCGACAUUCGCAAAGGGCCAAAUCGGCAGGACGAGCCCGACACUCGUGCCCGGUGUCACGCUUUUCCACGCAAGUGUGUGAGUGAAUCUCUCUUUCCCCCGCGUGUGAGUGUGUUGGUGAAUCAACCGGGGCACGAUGAAAAAUCAAAAUUAUCAAUCUUCCCGUUCACGUACUCAGUCUUUGGCGGAUAUUCGAAGGAACGCGUCGCGUCGUCGUCGUCGCCGCAGCAGCAGCAGCACCAACUGUCAGCUGUUUUCGUCGCCGUCGUCGUGUUGUUUCGUCGACUUUUCGUGAUAGAGGAAUGUUUUGAGGGCGAGAUCCAAGUGUGCCAAGAAUAUUUCGCUUCGCUGCGAAAAUGAUGAUCUUGAUCGGCGGCCCGUCGUCGCUUGGAAUUAUGACGAUCAGCGUCGCGUCGACUUUGUCGGCGGCGUCGUGAGUGGGCGUCGGAAAGUGUCCGCAAAGAAAAAAAAAUAUUGUGGAUGUGAGGAAAUUUGAGAAAACCAAAAUAAAAUAAAGUAUAAAGAAAAACUCACUGGAGAAAAACGAAACGGUGUUGUAAUUGACACAGACAAACAGAGUUGACAAAGGUUGUGUGAAUCGACCAAGUUGGCAAAAAUCAAACGAAGCAGAGCGGAGGUCGUCCGCGGCGAAAAUCGAUUGUGGAAGCAGCUUUAAGCUUCUUCUUGAUUGUGUUUCCGUGUGGUUUCGGCAACAAGUGUUUGUGCGUUAGCGUUUGAGGAAGAUUCGAAGCGUCCGUAAAAAAGAAGUGUGAAAAGCUAAAAGAGUGAGGAAAAUCCUUCGGAAAAGCGCAACGUAAUAAGCUUAAAGGGGAGAGGAGCCAGUCCCGUGUAUAUUUCUACAUUUCCGCAUAGCAAAAAAAGGUGUUCAUUUUGUACCCCGCUCGCCACCCCCCUCUCAUUGUGCUCGUGGCUAAGAGAGUGUUCUCUAUUUUGCGUGCGUGCGUGUUUUUUUCCGUGAGUGUUCGUGCGAGUUAGUUUUCUUUCCUUUGUGUCCCUAUUUCUAUUUUUGUGUGUAAGUGUCCGUUUACUCGUUGCGCAAGUAAAAAUUAAGCAAAAGCAAGUGUUCCUUUCAAAAAAAAAAAUAAAUAAAUAAAAAAAAUCAACAAUGCUUAAUUCGUUGGAAGCGUUGGCCGGCAAGAUUUCGCCCGGAUCCGGCAAGAGUUCCCCACCGGUCGGAACGUCCCCGGGAGGAGCCGGCCCGGGCACCACCCUGCUGGACAGUAACGGCAACAAAGUGCUGCUAGGUGGAUACGUGGCCGCCCACCAUCACCAGCUGUUGCACGCGGCCAAGCACCCGUACCAGAAGCCGGGCCUGAGCAACAACAACAACACCGGAAAUGUCGUCGUCAACGGAAGUUCCGGCGGUGCGGCGGCCCUCGGCGGAGGCGUUCCGCCGGCGAUCGGCAUCGGUAGCACCAGCAAUGGGACCACCGCCGGAACGACGCCACCGGCGGCCAUCUUGGCCGAGCAUUACCCGCACCACCAUCACCUCCAGAGCAGUCUGCACCAGCUGCAUCUGUUGCACCAGCAGCAACAGCAGCGGACGGCGGCGGCCGGAAGUCCCGGCGGGCCGGCCGGGGCGGCCACCAUUCCGGACGUGCCCGACGGGAUGACCGAGGCGAUGCAGCUGGACGCGAUGAACGCAGCGAAGGAAAAUGCCAUCAUGAACAUGAACAAUAACAACAACAGCACCGCCAACAAUAACCUCAACAAUCCCGCCGCCAACUGCAACAACAACAAUCAUAACACGCUAAACAACAACAACCCAAAUGUGAUAAACCAAAACAGCGUGCUGAGCGCCGGCAGCAUGAGCCCGAUGGGCGGGGACGACGGUGGAAGCGUCAUCGUCGGCGAAGACGGCAUCAUCCGGGACCAGCCCGAUCCGGACUACAUCAAGAUGUUCGUGGGCCAGGUGCCGCGCUCGAUGGACGAGCAGCAGCUGAAGGAGAUGUUCGAGGAGUUUGGCCGCGUGCACCAGAUCAACGUGCUGCGGGACAAGGCGUCCGGGCUGAGCAAAGGGUGCUGUUUUGUGACGUUUUACACGCGAAAAGCGGCCCUCAAAGCCCAGGAUGCGCUGCACAACAUCAAAACGCUCGUGGGGAUGCACCAUCCGAUCCAGAUGAAACCUGCCGAUAGUGAAAACAGAAACGAGCGCAAGCUGUUUGUCGGGAUGCUGAGUAAAAAGUACAACGAGAACGACGUCCGGCAGCUGUUCUCCGGCCACGGCUCGAUCGAGGAGUGCACCGUGCUGCGGGACCCGUCCGGCCAGAGCAAGGGCUGCGCGUUCGUGACGUUCGCCACGAAGCAGGCCGCCAUCGGGGCGAUAAAGGCCCUUCACCAAAGCAAAACGAUGGAGGGCUGCUCGGCGCCACUGGUGGUCAAGUUUGCGGACACGCAAAAGGACAAGGAUGCCAAGCGGAUGCAGCAGAUGCAGUCGAACCUGUGGAACAUUGCCGGGAUUAACCAGCCCAUCACGCAGUCGGUGACGCCGCUGACGGCGCCCGCCGCCGGCCACCAUCCGAACCCACCGCAGCAGCAGACGCCGUUCCUGGCGGCCGACGCGAUCUCGCCGGCGAGCCUGACCCUGCUGCAGCAGCUGCAGGCGGUGGCCCAGCAGCAGCAGUUCCUGCAAGGACUCAGUGCCCAGACGGACACGACGGCGGCCGCGGCCGGUCUGCUCAGUCCGCUGUCGAUGCAGAACCUGGUCACGCUGGCCGCGAUGACGCAGCCCUCGCUCCAGGCGGCGGCCGCCCAGACGCCGACGCAGGCCGCCCUCACCAACGCCGCGACCUCACUGUGUCUUUUAGGAAAGACUGCAGCGACAUCUGCCUCAGGGACCGCCGGAUCCGAUGCGGCCGCGCUGACCGCCCAGUACGCCGCCCUGCCCCAGUUCGGGUCGGCGGCCACAGCAGCAUUCACCACGACGCCUUUAGCCAACCCGACGAUGGCGCAAGCGGUGGCCGCGGCCGCCGGCAAGCAGAUCGAGGGCCCCGAGGGUUGCAACCUGUUCAUCUACCACCUGCCGCAGGAGUUCACCGACACGGACCUCGCGUCGACCUUUCUGCCGUUCGGCAACGUCGUCUCCGCCAAGGUGUUUAUCGACAAGCAGACGAACCUGUCCAAGUGCUUCGGGUUCGUGUCGUUCGACAACGGUGCGUCGGCGCAGGCCGCCAUCCAGGCCAUGCACGGCUUCCAGAUCGGCACGAAGCGGCUCAAGGUGCAGCUGAAGCGCUCCAAGGACGCCUCGAAGCCGUACUAGAGCGGUAGUAACGUCGGCGUUUCUUUUUUUUUACCUGUUUAUUAUUAUUAUUUUUUCAAAGUUUUUUUGCUGAUUUAACGUUUUACUCGUUAUUUGUUGGACGAUGGUGAGAGAGGAGAGAAAACACACACACACAAAGAUCGCAAUCAAAGUAGGCGUGCCGUGAUCGUCGCAGUAGCCUUUGUUGUCACUCGGAAAAUUUCACACCUCAUUUUUAUUACUUUCAAUCUUUAAAUCAUUAUUUGUUAGGCGGACAAUUCUCUCCAGCAUUGGAAAAUUUUAAAAGUUUAAUGAAAAAGUGCUUUUUUUUAUUACGAUUCCAGUGGAGAGGAUUGAUCGAAGUAGGCGGCAAAACCAAAGGCAGAGUUUUUUUUUCUUUUUGUUUAUUAAUGUUUUUACCUUUCACCUACCACACUGUUACAAAUAUCAACCAAACAAACGCAACUGCUGCGCAGUGAAUUAGAGAAAUAUGUUGCGUUUUAAAAAACUUCCUUUUUAAUUCGCCACCCUUUGAAUUGAAUUGUUUUUCUUUCUAUUUUUCUCGUUAUUUUUAAGUAAACAAAACACAAACACAAACAAACACGCUGAAGUGAAUUCCCCGCAGUUUGAAUUUUUGUUUUUCUUAUUUUCAUCACUUUGAUUUUCUCUUACAUUAUUACCAGUGUGUGCGUUAGGCGCGUUCGUGUUAGAAGAUAAUGAGCAGCUUAAUUUAUUUCCACACACACACACACAAACAUAAUUUCAUUUACACAAACACUGAUACAAAAACGCAAACUGAUUAUAACAAUCAACUAGUUAAUUUGUUAGUCGCGCCGCGCGUAUUUUACAUGUACUUGUUGUUGUUAAACGGUGUUAGUGGAACCAAGAGAGAGAAAAAGCACAAACACAAACACACACACACACGUAUACAUGUAACUAUUUAUGUAUAAUCAGAUUAAAUGUCACUCACAUUCAUUAAAGUAAUUUAUUAUUUCUGGA